CCACAGACGAUCUGCGCGCACACUUUUCUCCGCUGUGAUGUGACAAAGUGCGAACCGCAGCGGAACCGCCAAAACAGCGGAAAACAUGCCCCUCUGCGCCACACUGGGCUUCUCCUCUGUUGUAGUUUCAGUGUUAAAACCUGCCCGUGGACCCCCGUGGACCAUCCCAGACCUGUUUGGACCAGUGUGAACCAUCAGCCUGAAGACGCAGCGUUUGCAUUUGAACCAACUCUGUUAGUGCGACUGACUCUUUCCUCAGGUUUCCUGCUCUAUGUGCCUGCUGAGUCCGCCCCCCCCCAUCUGAACCCCAGUUAUGAUUACUGUCGGUCACGGCUCAUCCAGAACUUUUUCUCGAGCUAUACGGACCCAAAACACUUUUACAAAUCUGUUCGGUCGGAGCUGACAUCUCAGAGGUGGAAGAAAAACACCCAGAAGUCUCCAGGCUUCAUCAGGCCCCUCCCCCUGACACAACCCCGGGUGGGCGGGAACAUGCCCACCAACCAGUCCUACCCGUGGGGCGGGGGCAGCGGGCCCACCUGUACCGGUACCAGCCCCAUCAGGUCGGUUCCUCCCACUAAAGUGCCUUCAAAUCAGACAUCCCACGAGCUAAACCGGAGGAAGGACCCUCCCAAAGCCCCGCCCACAAAACAGAAUAAAGUGGCGGUGUUGGAGAACGGGGACAGAAUCAAAACCAACACCAAGAGCCAAGUUACCAUGGCAACAGACGGGUCUUCAGCCCCGACGCAACAGAUAAACCGGACCCAGAACCACCGCCCGAGGGACACAAAACAACCCAGAAGCUCAGGGGAGGGUCCGGUCCGGCUGGACCAGCUGGUGUCCGUCUGUCAGAGGGACCUGUUCAGAGGACAGACGUGUCCACAGCAACACAACGCCCUAGUGCUGGAGGCUUCGGCCUGUCCUCUGUUGCCGUCGGCGCCUCCUCGAUGCCUUACUCCUCCUAGACACCAGGGGGCGGCGUUGGAAUUGGAUGCAUCUCACCUUGAAAUCACAAAAACAGCUGGAAGAAGCACAAUGAUAGAACCAGAGGUGAGAACGGCGUCUACGAGGAGGAUCCACCUGGCCAAUCAGAGUCCAUCGGGGUCAACCUCCAGUCAGUUUAACACCGGUCACCCCAGUCCAACCAGUGAAACCCAGAUGGAACCAGAACCAGUAGACAUUCACACUCAUCUAUCAACACGAAUCAGACCCGCCGCCGCCGGGUCACAUGAGGAGAACUCAGUCAUGGGCUCCGCCCCCCCUGGCGUCCUGGUCGGCUCAGUGACCAAUCAGAUCUCUGCGAUCCACCUGACCAAACGGAGACACCCUGCAUCCACGCCGCCUCCGUCUCCAUCGCUGUCAGAGGAGGGUGUGGUCGGAGAGCAUCAGCUGAUCGGACCAGAGUGUGCGAUGCAGGUGGAUGGAGCUGAGGAGGAACUUCCUGAUGAGCUGGAAAACGCCUGCAGUGAUGAUGAGGGUUCAGACUGUUCAUCCAUCACCAGAGCCUCAUCUACAGCAUCCAUCGGUCUCCUGUCAAGUGUUGAGGAGCCCAUGUUACUGGAGGUUGAAGAUGACAGAGAGGAGAAACCGCCUCUGGUUCCCAGUUUGUUUCCACACUUUCCUCCAACGCUCUACUUCAGCACCGCCAAUGAGAAAGUGGGACUGUUACCUGUGGAACAGCGGCGGAUGUUGAAGUGGAAGAUGAGCACCGUCACCCCCAACGUCGUCAAAAACACCGUCGCCAGGUCCCACUUUAAAGUCACCAAGAAGAGCCAUGACUGGCUGGGCUGUUGGGGACACCACAUGAAGUCUCCCUGUUUCAAGACCAUCGGAGAACACCAGAAGCUCAAUCACUUCCCAGGAACGUUCCAGAUCGGCAGGAAGGACCGGCUGUGGAGGAACCUGUCCAAGAUGCAGGUCCGCUUCGGCAAACAGGAGUUCAGCUUCUUCCCCCGGACCUUCGUUCUUCCUCAGGACAUCAAACUGCUGCGUAAGGCCUGGGAGGAUGGAGGCUCCAGGCAGAAGUGGAUCAUCAAACCACCGGCAUCUGCCAGGGGAAUCGGUAUCCAGGUCAUCCACAAGUGGAGUCAGAUGCCUCGAAAGAGACCACUACUGGUCCAGAAGUAUCUUCAUAAACCCUACCUCAUCAGCGGGAACAAGUUUGACCUUCGCAUCUACGUCUACGUGACGUCCUACGACCCUCUGAGGGUUUACGUCUUCACCGACGGCCUGGUCCGAUUCGCCAGCUGCAAAUAUUCGUCUUCCAUGAAGACUCUGGGGAACAAGUUUAUGCAUCUGACCAACUACAGCGUCAACAAGAAGAACUCUGAAUACCAGGCCAACAGCGACGACAAGGCCUGUCAGGGACACAAAUGGGCUCUGAAGGCUCUGUGGCAGUAUCUGGGUUCAAAGGGAAUCAACACCACUCUGCUCUGGGACAAAAUUAAAGACAUCGUCAUCAAAACUGUUAUCGCGUCGGAGCCGUACGUCAACAGCCUGUUGAAGAUGAAUGUCCGGUCACCGAACAGCUGCCACGAACUGUUCGGCUUCGACAUCAUGUUGGAUGAGAACCUGAAACCCUGGAUCCUGGAGGUCAACAUUUCACCCAGUCUGCAUUCCAACACGGCGCUGGACGUUUCCAUCAAGGGUCAGAUGAUCCGAGACCUCCUCAACCUGGCCGGGUUCCGGAUUCCACAAAGAGAAGAAGUGUCUGGGCCGAGCACCAGCCCUUCCGGAUCCAGCAGCAGUUUGUGUGGAGGAAACAGGGACAGAACCAAACCAGAGCUGACGACAGAUGAGAAGGUGAAGAGGGCGUUUUACCUCAGCCAGCGCUAUGCCGACCAGGAUUUCUACUCGUCGGUGUUGGACGUUCUGACUCCAGACGACGUUCGCGUCUUGGCCGAGACCGAGGACGAGUUUACCCGAAAAGGAGAGUUUGAGCGAGUGUUUCCUUCGCCGUCAUCAUCGCGGUAUCUCCGUUUCUUCGAGUGUCCGCGAUACCUCAACGUCCUGUUGGACCAAUGGGAGCAGAAGCACUGGAACAACAGGACGAAAGGCAUCGGUCUGCUGACGACUCUGUGUCAGAAAGGCGUCCAUCUGGGAACCAACGACCCCGCCCACAUGUGGUCCAAGUGUAGCUACACCUCCAGGUUUGAAAGCCACAGACCUGAUGUCGUCAGUCCAUCCAGAUCCAGGGUGGUGGUCAGCCAUCAGCCCCGCCCCCUCCUCCACGACGACGAUGGCGCCGGUUCCGAUGGUGAGGUGGCGUCGACGUCAAGCCUCCCAGCGUCUCCGAGCCCCGGGUCCAGCACCUGUACGAGCCCCCAGCCCAGCCUCACCCACAGCCUGCUGCCCCAGCACUUCGCUGCCCUCUGACCGUCGCUAUGACAACACUUCAACCUCUGAGACUCAGAGCCCCUCCUCUGAAGCCCCCACUGCAGGUUUUUAACUGAUCUGAAACACUGUGACGGGUGUUGAGGUGGUUCAUGGUACUUGACUAUCACACAGAGGUGAUGUUUACGUCACUGAUGCAGAAAACGAAGCGAUUUAACUGAAAUGAACACAACAGCCAUUGGAGAAAGCAGCACUUUUAGUCUUAAUGAAACCUUUUAUCAUCACAACUUGUCAAAUUAAUAUUAUUCUGUGUUUUUAUUUUCCAUUUAUUACAAAUCACACUUAUUUAACUCAAUAUCUUGACCGGUCAAUGUUUAAACAUCUCCUGUUUCUGCAGACAGCGCCGGUUAAUGGUGUUUUGUGAAGGAAUGCACUGAUGUCUCUGCUGAACGUUGGUAUCAGAUGAUAUUUUUUUUUACAUCGAUGUCAGAAUACUUCAUAUAGUUUGUGGAAAAAGAACAUAGAUUUGACCUGUUUUAAAUCAUAUGGGCCUCAGUUUUACACAGAUGGACUUAAAGGCUGGCGUCAAUGCCAAGAUGGAGGAUAUGAUUAGCAUAAUUACCCAAGUCAUCCACUAUAUGGACAAAAGUAUGUGGACACGUUGAAUUCAGGUGCUUCUUUUGCAACAGGGGUCUGGG